AUGGCUUCUUCCUCUGGAGAGUCGAGCAACAGCAUUCUCAUCAGCCUGUCUGCGGAUGAGUUGGCACCGGCUGACAUGCGCUACCCGGAGCGUCGAAUUACCAUGGACUGGACAAACCUCUUGGUCCCUAUCGGCCGCGCCUCGAAGGUUCAGUCAAAGGGAUUUGUCGCCGGAAAAGACAACGGAUGGUUCGACAGCCCCGUCAUGUCCCGAUCACAUGCCGAGAUCACUGCCAAUCUGGCUAUGAAGAAAAUCCAAAUCAAAGAUUUGGGCUCCCUACACGGAACUUAUAUCAAUGACGACACUCAUCGCCUCGUGGAAGGCAACCCUCAUGAACUCAAGGAUGGCGAUGUUCUACGAUUCGGCGUAGCAAUUGCCCGGGGAUCCGACUCGUUUGCCCCAACCACACUCAAAGUCGGAAUUGCCCACAACGAUCGAAAGUCCACGACAACUUUCCAAGUCCCUGACGACUCGGACAACGGCUCGGAGGACGGCUACCCAUCGUCCUCGUCGGAGGAGGAUUUCGAGUUCCCCUCAACACGCAACCCCAAGCCUGGAAACGUCAAUGGAAAAGUUCAGCAGAAUGUCAUCGACCUUACUGAACAGACCCGGCCGGUCGACUAUAGUGCCAGGCGCUGCGCUAAAUUUGAAGUCGUUGACCUCUCGUCGCCCCGCACAUCUCCUCCACCUUUGGUAGAGGAUGAAUACCAGCGAGGCUCUUCAGACCAAGUCAUUGAAAUUCAAGAUGAUGAGCCCAAGGACAUGGUUGCUGCGAACUCGCCACACCGCAUGGCUGGUUCCGACCCCACUCUUAACCACUUGGAAGCUGUUGAGUCCGCUAUCUUCCCCCUGGGCGAGGGCUCCGGAUUUUCGGAAAACCCUACAAACGGCGGGUUUAAUUACGCCAGAGGAGCCUCGAUAGAGCUCAGCACCGAUGAUGAAGAGUUCCUCCAUUCAGACUUGGAAUCCAACGGCAGCUAUAGCGAUAGCCAGAGUGAGCACGAUUACCCGGAUGACGAAGAGGACAUGGACGGCGAGGAGGAUGACGAAGACGGCGAUCACGCGAGCCACGCUAGAAGCAGUGAGGAUGAAGAGAAUGAGAGCGAGCUCGACCAGGAUCUUGGUUGGGCUCCAGACAUUUCUGACGAUGAGUCGUUCCCUGACCUGCAUCUGGAUGAUGACACGAAGCCUGUUUUCUGGGAAGUCAAGAGGGCGUCACCUACCCACUCAGUUCACGAUUCUCCUCGGAAGCCGAGCCCACUCUACUCUCAAUUCCCGGCAGAAUCUGAGGAUCCGUCAUCCUGGAGAAACGCAUGGGGAGAUUGUUUCCACGGGCCGUUCAACCUUGCUACCACGCAACCUUCAGCUCCGGCAGUGCCUAGCAAAGCACCCAGUGAAUCGACAUCGGCCGCUGCCAAGAAGACGGCAAUCACAAUUGGCCGACUCUUGAACGAUAGCGUCCCUCUUGUUACCGACCACCCAAUGGAGGCUCUCCCGGUCUUUAACGGACCAACUCCUGGUAUUGCUCGGCAAGUUAGCCCGUCUGAUGCUGUUAUGCCAAAGCGGUGCGUCAAGGACGAUGCGGCAGAGCUUCAGAAUCCGGUAGAGCUGCUUGGCAUGAGAACCGGCAAGUACGACUACUUUGCAGCCCGAGAGGAAAACAAGGCGCUCCAUGGAAACCUUUCGAAAACCCGUUUGCCGCGUCAUUACUCUACCGUCCAUGCUCUUUGCAACGGGGAUGGUCCGUUUGGCUACCAGAACACGCCUGGAACAGGACCUCUGAUGGAGGGCGAGAAACGGGAGAUUCCAGUGGCCCCCAAACCUUCCUCGGCCGAUCAAGCCACCGCGCAGUGGUUCGACGAUUUCCGACACGAAGCGAGCAUUAUCAAUUCACUUCUCCCUCCUGCACCUGCUCCGGCGGUAAGCGGAAAGUCUGAGCACAGCUCUCGCCGGACCCAAGUAGGCAUCUCCGAUAUUGUCGAUAGCUGCCAGCAUGGAUCCGAUACGCCCAAGAGCAAGAGGAAGGCAGAGGAGAUUUCGGAACUCAGCGAAGUGGAAGAGAAAUGGGCUUCUCAGGAGCAAGAUGCGUCGCCUGAGACUCCGGAUAUCGCCUGUUCACUUCCCCCGCCGACCGUCGAUGAUGCUGCGACAGUUGUAGCCGUUCUACAGCGCUCAGAAUCCCCGCUGUUUACCGCACCACGCACUGAGCACUCCGACAUGCUUGAUAGCGAGAGAUCUUCCAAGCGAGUUCGUUUGCGCCACAUUGCGGAGCGUGUAGGGUAUGUGGCACUUGGCGGUGUUACCGCAGGUGCGAUGAUCGUCACAACCCUGAUCUAUACUGCGCCUACAUUCGCCUAG